AUGCCAGCGCCGGCGGACGGCCCAGGCGGCAUGGACGUCGAUGCGGCGCCGGAAUGGGAGCUCUUGUACGGACUCUACGGGCAUUCACGUACGGUUACGUGCGUUGAAUUCUCUCCAGAUGGCCAGAAGCUCGCGACGUGUGGGGCGGAUUGCCUCGUGCACGUAUGGGAGACCUGCACGGGCCGGCUGCUGCAGACGUGGAGCGCGCACGACGAGGGUGUGAACGCGGUGUGCUGGACGCGCGACUCGCGCUACAUUGCCACGGCCUCAGAUGACCGCACUGUGCGCGUGUUUGAUGUCGAGUCGGGCCAAAAGAUCCGCACGUUCCUGGGCCACACGUCGUACGUGAUGUGCGUGGCAUGCCACCCUCUGAGCACGCUGCUGGUGAGCGGUGGCUUUGACGAGACGAUCCGGCUAUGGGACCUGCAGCGUGGUACCUGCCACCGGAUGAUUGCGGCGCAUUCAGACGCCGUGACAAGCGUCGACUUUUGUGCGGACGGCACCAUGAUGGCGAGCUGUUCGCACGAUGGGCUCAUGUACGUGCACAUACUAAUGCAGCCGCCUAUGGGAUACUCACGCUGGACUCACGCGGAUAAGGCGCCCGUGGCCUCGGUGCGAUUCUCGCCCUCGUCGCUGCAGCUGCUGGCCUCGAGUCUCGACAGUGCGGUGCGGCUAUGGGACGUGGCGAACGCGCGUGUGAUCAAAACCUACACGUCACAUACGAACACGCAGUAUGCCGGCGCGGCCCUCUUUCUGUUUCAGCCAGGCCCGGAUUCCCGCGUGUGGGUCGCGUGCGGCAGCGAGGAUCGCCAGGUAUACGUGUGGGAUCUGCAAACGAAACGCGUCGUGGCGUCAUGGUCCGCACACCGAGACGCCGUCGCCUAUAUCGCUGCGCAUCCCACACUGCCGCUCCUUGCUACGGCCGGCCUCGCGCAGGACGCGAGCGUCCUCGUCUGGGCGAAUGUAGUCACGUGA